CAAUGAAAUCCAUACCUACCUACCUAGCCAAUCAUCCCUUCAAGCGCUAUUUCCGCGUCAAAAUGAAAGUGGGUCUAUGCACCCAAUCAGAUCUUUGUAUUGUCUCAAAAAUUGCCUAUUGUAGGGAAUAUGUUUUUUCGCAUCUACCAAUCGCCGGAAUGGCGUUUGAGGGGAUAAACACAUUAGGUAAGACACUCCCGGCACCUAAUAGUACCGGCGUUACACAAUUACGUACACAUCGCAUCUAUGCGUGUCCGGAGGAUGAUGAACCGGCGAGCUUUAACGAUGACAGUCUUCGGUGAUCGUAUAUCAGGAAUCAUGGACAAGUGGAUAUAUAAGAGAUGCAAUUGGCAUCUAUUCCCGGCCAUUCCAAGGUCAGCAGUGACAUCUACCUAAACACCUAAACAAUAAGAACAAUCAUCCAAUAAACACUUCCACCGUAACCAUGACUGUCACACCCCUUCCCGCCAGACUCCCCGGCCCGCCUCUAAGCGACCGCGAGGCCGUCGCAGACAUCUGCUACGCGUCAUUCGCCUCGCUCGACCACGGCGACGAGCAGCUCCUGAUGUCGGUCGUGACGCCGGACAUCCACACCUUCAUCGCGGGCAAGACAUGCAACGGCGCCGAGGACCUCAAGGCCAAGGUAUUCGACCACGUCGGCACCAAGCUCGACACCAUCCACUACCUCACCAACAUGCGCGUUAGCAUCGACUCCCCCACUACCGCCCGCGUCACCUUCACCGCUCAGGCCGUCCACUGCCGCCCCGGAAAGGGCAGCGAGCCCGGCCCGAAUAAGUACACUACCGGCGCGGUGUACGCUUGCUCUGCGGUUAAGGUCGAGGGCCUUUGGCGGCUCAGGGAGAUGGAGUCGAAUCAUCUUUGGGCCGAGGGCGAUCGCUCGGUUAUGAAGGGUGUUUAGGUAAAGAGCUGUAUAGGUUCUUGCUACAGCUAAAUAGACAUCGUGUAUUUGGAUUUGGGUUGGGAUUCACGCUCUCGGCGAAUAUUGACUAUGGGAUUGGGGUCAUGGGUUAUGUGUUACUACUUGGAUUUAUGUACUUCAUCUAAACCUUGCUUGGGUUUAUAGGUACAGAAUAUGAAGUACUUCGCUCCUUGAAACAUGCUGUGUUUUUGGUGGUGAUGUAUUUAAACAACAUUGCUGUAAAAAGGCUGCGUUCUUGUGAAUUAUCUUCUAUGAAUUGUAUGAUAGGAAUAAGGAUGAUAUUAGGUAAGUUGAAAUUCGACUUGGAACUUUGAAGAGUUACAUAAUUGAAAAAUGGCGU